AUGGGCUCUCCCGUUGCCCAUUCUGAGUGGUCUAAGAAAGUUAAAUCAAUCUUUAACGGGCUUAAUCUUUUAGGUCAUACGUAUGUUGGUUUGCUUCAUGAUGAGGAUGGGGUUGCAAAUCAUGCUCUUAGGGAUUUUGGUGUAUUCGCAAAUGACAUUUGCAAAAAGAGAUCCUCCCUUCAACAUCCUAAGCAUGCUCCAAUUCUUGAAUCACCCUGCAACAUCUACAAAAAUGAUUCAAUGGAUGAUGGAGGGUCUACAACAAACCUGUUAAGUCCAAUAAAUGAUAUGGGGGUCGAAACAGGUGUUGGGAUUGAUAAUCCGUCAUCACAAUUAGUACAUGGUAUGGAUCACACAACUACUCCAAAUGAAGAUACGACAAGUCAAAUUCCUAAUGAAAAUGAAAGUGUGACAGAAAAAAAUAACGAAGCUGGUGAAGAUGAAGUACAAUUAACGAGAAAACGAAAAAAAACAUCAAAAGUAUGGGAUGACUUUGUUGUAGUUACACUCCGAGAUGGUACGAAAAAAGCCGAGUGCACUCACUGUAAGUCGAGGUUGGCUGUUACUGGUUCAGGUCCUACAUCAUCAUAUAGAAGACACCUAAACAGUUGUAUCCCCCAUAAACAAUGGCAAAAAAACCAACAAAAACUAAAUUUUCAGCCUAGUGGGUGUGAUGUGGAUUCUGUGCCACCAUUGAUCGGACCGGAUACAAAAUAUGAUGAAAACAAGAUGAGGGAGGCCAUAGCUAAUUGGAUACUAAGUACUGAGCAACCGUUUGCUACUGUGGAAGAUGUCAUGUUUGUGAAAAUGAUGAGGACAGCUACUCCAUUGUUUGAGAAAGUAAGCAGAGUUACAAUUACAUCAGACUGUUUUAAGGUAUACGAGCAUGAGAAGAAAAGGUUGAAAGCCCUUACAAAAGCUGCCUCUAAAAUCAGUUUAACAACUGAUUGUUGGAAGUCUUCGCAUCAGAAAAUUGAGUAUAUGGUUAUUACUGCACACUUUGUAGAUCAUAAUUGGAGAUUACAGAAACGUGUAUUAAGUUUUGUACAUGUUCCUCCUCCUCGUACUGCGGUUGAUAUUGCUGAUGGUAUUUACAAGUGUUUGCAAGAGUGGGAAAUUAAAGAUAAGAUUUUCACCAUCUCAGUUGACAAUGCAGCUUAUAAUGACAAAGCUUUAAGAAGAUUGAAAGAAACUUUUUCGCGUGUAAGAAAACUUUCAUGUGGUGGUAGAUUAUUUCAUAUACGGUGUUGUGCACAUAUAUUGAAUCUUCUAGUGAAAGAUGGUCUUGCAAUAAUUGAUCAUAUCAUCGGUGAUGUUCGUGAGGGUAUAAAGUAUAUUAACAAUUCGGAGGGUAGACGUCUAAAUUUUUCAAAGGCUGCACAUCAAAUGCAAAUACGUGAUCGGAAGUUAAUGCUUGAUGUUCCAACACGAUGGAACUCAACCUAUGAUAUGUUGUGCAUGGCUCUAAAGUUCAAAGAUGCUUUCCCAAGGUAUGCAGAGUAUGAACCACAUUUUCAUCACUUGCCAACUGACGAAGAUUGGGAAAAUGUUCAAAGUGUAUGUGAAAUUUUGAAGGUUUUUAAGGUGUGCACGAAUAUCAUCUCAGGCAGUGAUUAUCCUACUGCUAAUUUAUAUCUAAUUGAAGUGUUUAGAGUGAAGCAAACUCUUGAUAAAGGUUCAUUAUCUGCAAAUGAGUUUAUUCGUGAUAUGGUGAAGAAAAUGAAGGAAAAGUUUGACAAGUAUUGGGGUGAGUGCCACCUUGUAAUGGCAAUAGCUUCUGUGUUAGAUCCACGGUUCAAGAUGAAGUUGGUUGAAUUUUGUUUUCCAACACUUUAUCAAAAUUCAGACGAGAACAUUAAAGAAGUGAAGAAUGCACUUUAUGAAAUGUAUUCAGAGUAUUUAGAGAUGCAUGACACAUUAGUUAGGGAAUCUGCAGCACAUGGAAGCGAACAUGAAAGAAAUGUUUUAGGGUUGAAUGAAGGUACAUCACUUGGAUCUGGAUGGGAGGCAUUUGGAGAGUUCAUAAAGACUGUAGAUUUGGAGAGACCAGAAAAGUCAGAGCUUGAUAUGUAUUUAGAAGAAGGUGUUUAUAGGGAGAAAGGACAAACAGGAAUGGAAUCAUUUAAUGCUUUAGAGUGGUGGAAUGUGCACAAGUUAAAGUAUCGUGUUUUGUCAUUGAUGGCUAGAGAUGUAUUUGCAAUCCCGAUUUCUACUGUUGCAUCUGAAGCAACUUUUAGUGCCGGGGGUAGAGUUAUUGAUCCAUAUCGAGCUUCAUUGGGGUCCGACACUGUACAAAUGUUGAUUUGCGGAGGAGAUUGGAUUAGGCAAGUUCAUGGAGUUAAGAAAAAAUUAAAGAAAGAGGAGUUUCCUAUUGAGGUUUUACUGCCUGAGGUUUUGUGUAUCGGAGGAGUGAAGCUGCAUAAAGGAAGAUUUGUCUAUUUCUAG